GACGAGGAUCAAUAAUAUCCAAACCAUUUUGUCUAAUUUUGUCUGUAACUUCUCGAAUUUGAAUUUUUCUACUCGAAAAAAUCCUAAAAUUCGAAAUUGAAUCCAAAAUGGGGGGUUUUGCAAAUCGUCAUCAAAUCUUGCAAUUGAAGGGUCCUUGGAGGUUGCCCGGAUGCCACGACCACAUUGGACUUGGUGCCCGCCGUCAAAAUUGAGAAUGAGUUUAUAUUUAAUGUCAAAGUUACACCGACGCUGUCGUGCACGCGCCGCAAAGUCGCGUGGGCGGACCAAAGUCCCCCCAACAAAACAUUUCGUACCAAACCGAAGACUCAAAAGGCGAUGCCCGAAAACUCUCUCUUCUCAUUCCCCCACACUCUCUCCUUCUAACUUUCUUUAUUUCCCGGCGACUCUGCUUCCGGCCGCCGUGUUUCUCUCUCUAGAAUCCGACCCGGCGAUGGAAGCCCCGUUAAUGCGUCUAAUGUCUUCUUCCCCUGACACCCACAGAAGUAAUAGUUCAAGCAGCAGCACCAGUAGCACUACCCACAGCAAUGGUCCGGCGCCGGCGGCGGCGCCGUCGCCUCGGCCGGCGCAAUCCCCGCGCCCGCCUGUACUCCCAGUCACCAGAUCCGACCCGAAUAACCCUUACCCGACCACCUUCGUCCAGGCCGACGCUUCCUCUUUCAAGCAAGUGGUCCAAUUUCUCACCGGAUCCUCCGAUACGGCCAAGCUCGCCACCGCCUCCUCCUCCGCCCGAUCCGAACCGUCGCGGAGCCCGAUCCCGCCGGUCAAGACCGGCACCACGAAGAAGGAGAAGUCCGGCGGGUCGAGGCUGUACGAGCGGAGGAACAGCCUGAAGAAUUUCAAAAUCAACCCUUUGGGUCCGGGAGGAUUCGGGUCUCCCCGGCCGGGCACGCCGGAGUUUCUGUCGCCGAGCAUACUCGAUUUCCCGUCGCUGGCGCUCAGUCCGGUGACUCCGCUCAUACCCGACCCGUUUAACAGAUCUCCCACCCUGAACAUGGAGGCUGAGGAGAAGGCCAUCGCCAAGAAAGGGUUCUACCUCCACCCGUCUCCGGCGAGCACCCCGAAGGAUUCGGAGCCCCGACUUUUACCCCUCUUUCCACUCACCUCUCCCAGAAUCUCAAGUUCUCUUCAUUCUCAUUCUUGAGUGAGUCUUUUUUUUUUUAUUUUAAAAUUACUAAUCUGUUGUUAUAAUCAAGAAAUAUUCCAAUCUCAUAAUUAUUGUUAUUAUAAUUGUUGUCAUUGUGGACUUUUUAUGUAAUGAGGAUCUUGAAAAUCUGGGAAAAUAAUUAUAAAAUUAAAUAAGAAAAAAAAAAGAAGAAUUGGUUCAAGUGUAAAUGAAAUAUAAUUUGUGUGAUUUU